CAGCAUUUUGAGGUAAACGAUCCAGUCUUUAUCUCCGUUGAUUGAUCAGUUGAGUGCUGCUGCUUCGCUAUGACCCGCGGAUUGCAAAAGUUGCAAGCUAGAGCCAACGCUGAAAAGCGCGCAGCCGCCAAUGCGCCUCCCAAGAGCCAACUGAAGGCUAUGGUAGAAGGCAAUAAAUUCAAGUGCCCCAAAUGUCUCAUCAUGAUUGCCAAUUACAAGCUGAUCGUCCAACACAUGGAGGCGAAACAUCCCAAAGAGCCUAUUCCACCAGAGUCCUCUUUCAAUGUUUAAUUUAACACAUCUACACAUCAUUACACAUCAUUACACAUCAUAGUACCAACCGGUCCUUAGACAUUAUUAGAAUAUUAAAAAAAUGUGUUUUCAUUCAG